UUCCGCUUUCUUCCUGAAUCGUCUUUAGUCGCGAGGGCUGCCCUGCGUCUUUGGGCCCAGCAGAUGCUCUGCGCGCGGCAAAAAGCCUGAACGUGCUGCGCGGACGGCAAUCGACCCCCUGCAUGCAGUGGAGACCGCCGAUUCCCGCGCCGCCGAAAGCUUGGCCAAAAUCUUGACACCGCGAGCUAGUCUUUGCUCCGGAAGCAACUCGAGCGACCGUCCAUUUCGAACUGCUCUGGUAUCAGCGGUUUCGCAGAAUAUGCGGACGCUGGGCGCCCGGUAGUGCCGCUCCGGAGAAGCGACGUGGACACACACCUAUCUGGUCGGCAGAUUCUUUCCCGCCGGCGGGGGCCGGAGAGGCCGCGAAAGUGUUGACAGAAAGUCUGCACUCUCGUCCCUUUUCGCUGUUCGUUCUGUCUGCGACGAGAAAGUGGCAAUCGUCACAUUCGUGGUCCGCUGCCAACACACCCGUCGACCCGCGCCGCCUCAGUCUCUGAGGUGUACGUACACCUGCCCUUUGGGUGUAUGUACAAGCCUCGAAUGUCACUGACACGCCAGGGUGGAUCUGCGUGACCGUCUGACUUGAGUUAGUUUCCUACGACUCGUGAAACGACCCUCGUCUCCCCUCGAAGCUUUCUUUCUUUCAUCUGCAAUGGCGGGGUCAGCUCCUACCCCCUCGCUUCAGACCGCAGCGACCAGCACGGACAGGCCGCCGAGCGCAGACGACACGGUCGAGAUUGGGCUGGACAUGCAGGCGCCCCUUGCCGGUGUCGUGGUCAACAUCGACGGUCUGCAAAAGGUUCGCCCCAGCAGUCUUCAGAAGGAAUUCGCCUCUCUCGAAGCGAGUGAGACCGUCGGCGAGUUGCUGCAGCGACUGGAGGCGACGCACCAUCGUUUGGAAGACCUUCGUUUGUUUCAGGCGGCCGUGAGCGAGGUGCACUGCGGGCCUCGACCUGGCGAAGUGUCUGUCAACUUCGUGUUGAAGGAGAAGGCAGCUUCGUAUUUGUUUGGAACGUACGUGAACUCGAGAGGCGACGUUGAACUGGAGGCCAAUGCAGAGGUUCCAGCUUUUCUCGGAGGCACUCAGACGUUUUCUCUGACCGGAGGCGUCACGCCAGUCAGUUCGACUUCUCAGCUCAAGCUGUCUGCGGACCUCGCCUUCCCCAGGCUGCCCUGUCUCCCCCUCUUCACUCGGCUCUGUCCUGUCGCUGCACAGCGGCCCAGGGGGGGGGAGGCAGCAGCCCUCGCGAAGAAGCCGCCAGGUCUCGACAGAGCGACAGCGGAGGGCGGCGAGAAGUCUGCGGGAGGUUCCGCGCGCGGCUGCCACGCGGGAGUCUUCUCUUCCGGAUUGCUUCGCGCGUUCUCGACGCAGACCUCCUGGGCCGCGGCCUCGUCGUUCUUCCUCCAACAGACCGGAGUCGGCGCUCAGGUCUUCAGCGGUGACGGCCGCCACACGCUUGCCUGGGAGACCUGCAUGCGAGACAUCGUUCCCGCGUGCGACGCCUCGCGAAUGGCUUCUCCCUCGAUUCUUAGGACGCCCCUCAGAUCGCUCAAGCACGGCCUUCGCUACGACUUCACGCUCGACCGUCUGGACAAAGCAGACAGUCGUCUUUCUACUCGAAGGGCCGACCCGCCGGCGCAGGGAAACUCAGCCUCUGAAGGCGGCGCUUCAGCCGGUGUCGAUCCACGCGAAAAAGUUGCGGACGCCGGCCUCUUUCCCCGCAGUGGCUACGUGGUGAACGCAGGCGCCGAGGUGGCUUUGCCCGGGGGUGACACUCGGUUCUUCAAGGCCCAUUUCCAGGGCUUUGCUGCGGCGCCGCUUCCGCUUACGAUGUUCUCGCUCUCGAGAGACAAGGCUCGUCUCGCGGCUGCGGGAGCCAGAGAUGAGGGCGAAACAGUGGCGAGCACAGAACAGGAAGAGAACCAGGAGAAGAAAACGACGCACACGCCCUGGGUUCUCAGCGGGAGAAUCGGCUGCGGAUUCCUCGUCCCUGGAGGCAGUGGAGGCGCGAGCAUCUGCGACAAAUUCCGCCUCACAGGCCCCUACGGCGCCGGCGCGGCCUUGCGGGGCUUCCGAAGCUACGCAGUCGGGCCGUCUGAUGUCUGUCACAUUCAAGAUCCAACGACGAAACGUUGGCGUCCAGCUGUCGACUACCUCGGCGGGGAUUCCUUCCUCGCGUCUGAGGUGUCUCUGUCGUACGAUCUGCGUUUCCCCUCUUCGUGGCGAACGUCUUCUUCUGUUCCGCCCUCGGUAGGCGACCAGCGGGCCGCGUCUUCGACUCCGCCUGCAUCACCCUUCCACCCGCGAGCGUUUCUGUUUGGGAGUGUCGCGACGCUUGGCGACGUCUUUUCUGCGACGCGCAGUCCUUCGUCAGUCGAUGGCUCUGCUGCCAAAGACGUUUUCCUCCGCUUCACAGAACUCCUGAGGAACUGGAGAGGCACCGUGGGUUGGGGUCUAGCGCUCCCAGUCUACCGCGGCGUCUGGCUGGAGGGGGUCGUUGCGUUGCCUGUCAGGAAGCAGAAGAACGACGAAGUUCAGCGCUUCCAGCUGGGUCUUCGUCUCUCUUCUGGAAGACUCCCCGAGUAGACAGAAGACAGGCGAACGGAGUGGAUCACUGCCGCGUUUCGAGCGAGCAGCGGUGGCGAGAGGCUGCUACUAAACGAAACGGAGGAGCCGAUGAAGACAGCAGACUCACGUAGACCCUGGGGGUGUACAGUAUGCAGGCCUCUAGGUUAGGGACAAGGAAUCCGCCGGAUUCAGAGGUCAGAGUCGAGAAAGAUUCCCGGCUUCCUACGAUUUCUCGUGGCUCUUCUGACGCGGCUGGGGUCUCCACCAAUGGAAGAAGCAAAGAGUCAUCUUUUGUGUGAUCGACUGCAGGCUUGCUGAAGCGUGAAAAGUGUUGAUGGAGAAGGAUAGGUCCGGAUUCAGGGAAGUGGAGGCAUUUGAGGUUCGUAGAGAAAGAGCGAUUCCCUUCAGAAGACCGGGACCGAGAGGCGAAUUGUGGCGGGCGCCUCUUUCAAAUGACCUCUCGAACGGGGCGACUUUUUGUGGCAAUGAAACAUAAACGCGAGUCAAAAUGUGGGGCGUUCUGGGACGAGUAGGAAGCGCGAGCUGCGGUGCUGCCACAAAGAUUCAUUCGUGUGUUUGUACAGAAGAUCCUGUACGGUCGAUGGGGAACUGCCUGUACGUUUACUAACUUUGACAGGCGGGAGGAAGUCGCUUCGCACAGAGAGAAUUCCGUAGAGAGGCGGAGAUCGUCGGCAGUCUCGCCGGUUCGGUCGAAUCGUGGAAGAACAGUGUAGGGCACAACUGCAGGCAUGUCCAGCUUAUUUCAAGAUCAAUGGCUAUGUCGGUUUUCUGUCGUUGUUGGUUUCCAUGAAACACUUCUGUUGAAUGCUUGUGCUACAUCGCCUGUCGUGUUGUUGUCUCGGUCCACGCCUGUUGGGUCGGUAACGUUUCCUCUCGCAGAUGGCACCAUCUCCUCCGCAAAAACGUCUUGCGUGCUUUACCUGGUGGUCCUCAAACUAACAGUGCAACACCGCAUAUUCUCACCUUUCCAUAUGUUACGCUCAGAACCUUCCCCUUGCGGAGCAGCUGUA